UGAUAGGUCUCAUGACCGAUCAUUUGUCAACCUUGCGACUUAGUACUGGUAGAUGCGUGAUGUGUUGGUCGUUUGUUCUCAGACAAUCGUUUUGUUUGCAUCAUUUACGACUUCGUUUCAUAUUCUAGGCUGCUUUAUCCUACCUUGUGAGGUAUUGCUGACCAAGGCUAUGAGUAUAACGUUGGUUAUUCCUUCUUCCACCAGUAUAUCUUCUUCAUAAGUGUGAACAUACAUCUUCAGUGCGCAGUUAUGUUUGAAUCAUCAUGGUCAUUUGGAUGUGCUACUCUCCUGAUAUUGCUACCCGAGACAAGAGAACGACAAGAAUCAUUCCGUAGAUAUGUUUCAAGAAAAUACUUCACGAUGUAGACCUACGGCAUGGAUGUAUUUAAGAACGCAUGGAGAAGACUUUUCAGUCCCCUUUCAAAUGCUGCACGAGAAUGCAUCAAAUCGGCAAUAUUAGACAACGAUUUCAUGAAGAACUUGGAAUCCUCCCAGAUCCAGGAGAUAGUCGACUGCAUGUAUCCCGUGGAAUACAGCAAAAGCAGCUGCAUUAUCAAAGAAGGCGAUGUGGGGUCGUUAGUAUACGUUAUGGAAGAGGGCAAGGUUGAGGUGACAAAAGAAGGCAAAUUUCUAACGACCAUGGGUCCUGGCAAGGUGUUUGGAGAACUGGCUAUUCUUUACAACUGCACCAGGACAGCUACAGUCAAAGCUGUUACCAACACCAAGCUAUGGGCUAUAGACAGACAGUGCUUCCAGGCUAUUAUGAUGAAAACAAGUUUGGUCAGACAAGCCGACUUUGUAGAAUUGAUACGAAGGGUACCAACCUUUCAUCUUCUACCCGACGAAACACUCAACAAAAUAGCAGAUGUUGUAGAUGAGACCUAUUUCGAUGAAGGUGAUUACAUUGUUAGGCAAGGUGCAUCAGGAGAUACGAUGUACAUCAUCAGUAAAGGAAAGUGUCAAGUCAUGCAGAAGACGAUGUCCGGUCAAAUAAAGAACACCAAGAUACUAGAAAAAGGAGACUUCUUUGGACAGCCAGCAUUAGAAGGGGAUGAAAUAAUCCGAGAAGCAACAGUAAUAGCAGCGGACUCCAACGGUGUUGUAUGCCUGGCACUUGAUAGAGAAGCCUUCCUCCAAAUUGCAGGUGGUCUAGACCCAGUCAUCAAGAACAAACUAGAGGAUAACGCUAAGAGCAGAGUUGAUUCUGAGUUUGCUGAUCUCCAGCUUGAUGAUAUUCACAUAGUAGCAACAUUAGGGGUUGGAGGAUUCGGACGUGUAGAACUGGUGAGGUUGGAUGGUAGCAAUCAGACGUACGCCUUGAAGCAGCUGAAGAAAAGACAUAUUGUUGAAACAAGACAACAAGAACAUAUCAUGUCAGAGAAAAAUAUCAUGUUGGAAGCUAGAUGUGACUUCAUUGUCAGAUUAUAUUGUACCUUCAAAGACAAUAAGUAUCUUUAUAUGCUGCUAGAAGCUUGUCUUGGCGGAGAGCUGUGGACGAUACUCAGAGAUAAGGGAUCAUUUGAUGACAGUACGACACGUUUCUACACAGCGUGUGUAACAGAGGCUCUAGCCUACCUCCACAAUAAGGGUAUCGUCUACCGAGAUCUCAAACCAGAGAACAUCCUUCUAGACAACAAGGGAUAUGGAAAACUAGUUGACUUUGGGUUUGCCAAGAGAAUAGGUCACGGAAGGAAAACCUGGACGUUCUGUGGUACACCAGAGUAUGUAGCACCUGAAAUCAUCCUCAACAGGGGUCACGACCUUUCAGCCGACUACUGGUCACUCGGUAUACUUAUGUUUGAGCUACUCACUGGCAGCCCUCCUUUCACUGGGUCUGAUCCAAUGAAGACAUAUAACAUCAUCUUAAAGGGGAUGGACAUGAUUGAAUUCCCGAGAAAGAUCACACGCAAUGCUGCCAACAUGAUCAAGAAACUAUGCAAAGACAACCCUACAGAGAGACUAGGGUACCAGAAGAGCGGACUCAAAGACAUCCAGAAACACAAAUGGUUUGAUGGCUUCAACUGGGAAGGUCUAAGGAAACGAAGUCUAACACCUCCCAUCGUUCCUACGGUGAGAUCGAAUUCCGAUGCAUCAAACUUUGAUGACUAUCCUCCCGAUCACGAGGCAGCUCCGGAAGACGAUACGUCGGGUUGGGACAAGGACUUCUGAAGGUCAUACCCCGCACCCUUGACCUUUUCAAAGUUGGCUGUAUGCUAACAACAGAACUACAGAGAUGCUAGGAUUAGACGUCAGCCGCGGAGAGAGAAGUCAACCAUGUCUAUCGCAUCGACUGCAUCAUGGGAAAAGAGAUUAAGGAACAGAGACAAAGUGGGAGGAGUUGCAUUGUUAGCUUUGGAAGGCAGAGCUCAAUAUCAAGUUAUUCAAGAAGACUGACCAAGCUAUAGUCCAACAAGGAAAGACUUUCCAAUCGGGCCGAAGAUAAAGAAGUUCAUCGUUUGAGCUCAAAUGUAAAAAGUAAAGGAAAAGUUUAAUACUCAGAGUUGAUGUGCCGUGAACAAAUUGUGAGUGUUUCGAAAGGGUUCGUAUCGAGGACCAAUUCAUGUAGCCCAAGAUGAGCAGUGUAAAAGAAGAAACAUAUGAAACACAGUAUUGGUAUAUCAUUCUUAACCUACUCCCAAAGAUCUUAUAUAACAGUAUACACCUUGUGAUGUGAUAAAUCAUUUAAGAGAACAAAGAAAGAUGUUAUUGCAAGCUGAUUAUAUAUUAUUCUCAUGCUGGAAACAUCGUGAAAAUCGUUUGUUAAUUGGCUCGUUUGUUUAUGCACAAGUGACAUUUUUCUCUCCUUCGAUUCAUUUUCUUUUAAUUGGACUUAUUGUUUUGUUAAAAGGUUCUGUACUCUGUUGAACAUUGUCAUUAUUGGUCUUUUUGAAGAUUUAAGGUGGCUAGAUACGACGUUUUCCAUGGCCAAAUAAAGUGUUCAACAAUGCUGCAUAAUAUCAUUACACGUUACCGAUGUUUAAACUUAAUGUUUAUAAUUAAUGAUGAUUAUGAAUAGUGCAGGCACUGUCAAAUACUAACCAAUCAAGAACCUAAAUCUAAAAAAAGGUCACAAAUGAUCAUGAUCAAUUUCUAGCAUAUUUAUUUUUUCUUAACUUACCUUGCAAGAAAUAUGUCAUACAUUUUUGCUACGACACCAUUAUUUCAGCAUGAUUAUUCAAGAUGUUUUUUUUACUUUCUUUGUGUUUGUACUAGAGUACAGCUCAUUGUAGGAUGAUAUUUAUAGACAUUGGUGGAAAUAUUUAUCUAGAUGAGCCAGCUUUUUAAAGGCUGAAUGUGCAAAUUUGUACUAUACGAUUUACUUUUUAGCCAUAGUUAUUUGAGUCCAUACAUGUACACCUAUUUACCUCAGUAGUGCUGACAUUUUUCCACAGUCUUAUCACAAAGUAACGAUGGAAUUAUAGGUUGUGUUCUUUGCUUUCAUUCUGUCCUUUAAAGAUAAAGUUGAGUUCUGGUCAUGCGAUUGCAUUGUGAAAGAAACAGUGUGGAGUUGCUCAAAACAGGUUGAUCAU